ACAAACAAUGGAAACAAUGCUUGAAAUGAAUGCCGAUUGCAGUGACGAGAGAGACACUGAUCAGGCAAUCAGGUCCGCCUCAGCCCCCACUACUCCCACCUCCCAGUCCAGGCACAUGACUGGGUGUCUCAUCAGACCAGCGGCCCACACGAGGGGCCAUCAUAGGGUACAGUUCCCCGAAGACAACCAGAUGGUGACCGGCUAUUUCGAUGCACCCAAUCCCUAUCAAUACGGCGAACGACUCGAUUCAAGACAUUGUGAAGCAUUGGAAGAGAUAUUAAAACGAGUUUUAUUCCGAACUAUUGAUUUGGAUUCUUGUGAUUUAGACUGUGAGGGAGCGUCAGCACUAUUUGAUAUGAUUGAGUUUUAUGAGUCGGCAUCUCAUUUAUGUCUGGCUAAUAAUAAAUCGAUAGGAGUUAUUGGGUGGCAAUCGUUAUGUCGGACUCUUAAGAAAACCUCUUGUCUACAAUACCUCAAUCUUCGCAAUACUGGACUCAAUGAACAGAUAUUGUUAAUCAUGGGUCGGGCCAUGCGAUUGGGCUCACACUUAGUGACAAUCCAUUUAGAAAAUGCAGGAUUAUAUGGAAGAAGACUCGCCAUAUUAGUGGCCGCACUUAAGCUCAAUACAAAUCUUCGAGAACUAUAUUUAGGAGACAAUAAGAUAUGUUCCGCAGAUGGCGUCCAAAUAGGGAAUCUUCUUCGUGCCAACGCUUGUCUCGAUAUUCUUGACCUGAGGAGGAAUCACAUCCAAGACAUAGGUCUCGACCAUAUAUGUGAGGGUCUAUCACACCAGCCCUACGGUGGUCUCAAAAUUCUAAAUCUAAGCGAUAAUCAAAUCACAAGUCGAGCGAUGAAUCAUUUGUCGCAAGCAUUGACUAUGUGUCGAUCACUCAUUGGACUCGACUUAUCAUACAAUGGGUUGUCUAAUGACGGCGUCUGUAUCCUAAAGGAAGGGCUCCUGUCGUGCAAAGAACUUAAAUACUUGAAUCUUAGGGCCACUAAUAUAACGUGCGAGGGAGCAAUUGCCAUUGCUGAAGUGAUUGCAGACAACCAGAAGCUAAUUAUUAUCGACUUAUUGGAUAAUUAUACGAAACUCUCAGGUCUUAUGGCUAUCUGUCUAUCGAUGAAACACAACACAAGUGUUAUUGAAUUGAGAUUAUCUCAAGAUUUUGAAUUUACUGAAGAGAACUGCGAUGGAGAAAAAGUACAACAUUUCAAAGAUUUGUGUCAAGAGCUGAAAAGCUACUGUGAUUUAAACAAAUCUAAUGCCGUUCACGAAGAGUCCAAUGAAUUAUUACAAUCGUAUAUUGAAUCUCUCAACGAUUGUCACUCUUCUGACGAUCCGUUUGACGAUAUAUUCACAUCUCAGGCCAUGUUUUGUGAUUUAAACGACGAGACAAAUGCUGACAAUACCUCAGAGUCUCAGAGAAAUGAUAUGAAACCCGACCUCAUAUCGCAUGCAAUGAAUGGGUCGAGUCCACAGACAUCCUGUAAACCGGAUAUUAUCUCAAUUCAGGAGAGUUUAACCCAUGGUUACCAUAAACCUAUCGCAAGAACUGUGAGCUUAGGCUCAUGGGGUUCCACCUGUGAUACACACAAACAAUCGGGUCGUUUCAGUGUAUCGCCCGUCAACUUAGACAAUGAAGUGGACGUCAGUUCUCACACCGAUUCCAGUCAAGACGAGACUCCCCUAUUGGACACCAAUUUGGAUGAAAUGCAAACUCAAAGAACUGAUGAACCAAAUGAUGACAACAUUCAGUCUAACGAAUCGAGUAAUGAAACGAAUGAUAAACUAAUGGAUUUGCCGAAAGCCAUAACCAAAACAUUUUUAACGCCAGAAUCGCCGUAUAAUAAGAAUAUACGGCGAAUGAGUUCUCCUAAUCUGUCCCAAACUAUCAAAGCCAAAGUCCGACCGUCACUUCAAUUCAAGCCAUACACUCAUUUGGAAAGUCUCGACCUUAAGAGCUCUCUUCCCAUUUCGCCCACAUUUUUUGGUCGUUUCGAAUUCCCAGAUCCUUUAUUGUUGAAACUGCCGCCAGAGGUCGACGAUAUCAUAUCCAAGUUUGGCGAUUGCGACUCCAAUCCGAUGCAAGUCAUCUAAUGUUCAAAUCACUCGCACAUACCUUUCCUAUUGAAAUAUACCUCCAGUCCUAUUGAAUCAAAUUAAUUGACAACUUAUUUCUUAACUAAUAUUUUCAUUAUUAGUAAAUAUUGUAAUUAUUUAGCAAUUAUUUUUAAUCACAAGUUAUUUACUGAUGAGUUCGCACAACCAAUCAAACAACCUGUCCACCACCCCCACCCCCACCCCCUUCACAGCCCCUCUCAGUCUAAAUCUCUGUUUAAUUGUGAACAAAGAGCUAAAA